AUGGACGGUACUGAGGGUCUUGUCCGUGGUACCGCCGUUACCGAUACUGGUGCUCCCAUCACCGUCCCUGUCGGUCGUGGUACUUUGGGCCGUAUCAUCAACGUCAUUGGUGAGCCCAUUGAUGAGCGUGGACCUAUCAAGGCUGAUAAGUUCCGUCCUAUCCACGCCGAGCCCCCAUCCUUUGAGGAGCAAUCCACCUCUGCUGAGGUUCUUGAGACUGGUAUCAAGGUUGUCGACUUGUUGGCUCCUUAUGCCCGUGGUGGUAAGAUUGGUCUUUUCGGUGGUGCCGGUGUCGGUAAGACCGUAUUCAUCCAAGAGUUGAUUAACAACAUCGCCAAGGCUCACGGUGGUUUCUCCGUUUUCACUGGUGUCGGUGAGAGAACUCGUGAAGGUAACGAUUUGUACCGUGAAAUGAUUGAGACUGGUGUCAUUAACCUCGACGGUGACUCCAAGGUGUCUCUUGUCUUUGGUCAAAUGAACGAGCCCCCAGGUGCUCGUGCCCGUGUCGCUUUGACUGGUUUGACCAUUGCCGAAUACUUCCGUGAUGAGGAGGGUCAAGAUGUGUUGCUCUUCGUUGACAACAUUUUCCGUUUCACCCAAGCCGGUUCUGAGGUGUCUGCUCUUUUGGGUCGUAUUCCUUCUGCCGUCGGUUACCAACCUACUCUUUCCACUGAUAUGGGUGCCCUUCAAGAGCGUAUUACCACUACCCAAAAGGGUUCCGUCACUUCAGUCCAAGCUGUCUAUGUCCCAGCCGAUGAUUUGACCGAUCCUGCUCCUGCCACCACCUUCGCCCAUUUGGACGCCACCACUGUGUUGUCCCGUUCUAUCUCUGAGUUGGGUAUCUACCCCGCUGUCGACCCUCUUGAUUCCAAGUCUCGUCUUUUGGACGCUGCUGUUGUCGGUCAAGAGCACUACAAUGUUGCCACUAACGUUCAACAAACCUUGCAAGCUUACAAGUCUUUGCAAGAUAUCAUUGCUAUUUUGGGUAUGGAUGAGUUGUCCGAGGCUGAUAAGUUGACUGUCGAGCGUGCUCGUAAGAUUCAAAGAUUCUUGUCUCAACCUUUCACUGUCGCUCAAGUCUUCACUGGUCUUGAGGGUCGUCUUGUUCCUCUUAAGGAGACCGUCAAGUCUUUCAAGGAGAUCCUUGAGGGUAAGCACGAUAACUUGCCUGAGGCUGCUUUCUACAUGGUUGGUGGUAUCGAGGAGGUUGUCUCUAAGGGUGCUAAAUUGGCUUCUGAGUCUAACUAA